GUCACACAAAACAAGAGAGUUUCGCAGAAGAAAAGUGUUUUGUCGUUUCUGUGUCUAAAUUUCUCAGUCUGCAAAACGCAGGAAGACCAAUUGAAUAGAUAAUUAUUGUUGUUCGACGCACGUAAUUUACGGAAGUGUUGGAAAAAUGUCAGAUCCGAGUGGAAAUAGCGUGGGAAACUUGCUGUCCAAUGUGAGUCCACCGUCUGCCUUGCCAGCGAAUCUGAUCCUCGCUCCGGCGGCUCCGCCCGUAACGCCCGUACCGCAGGACCCAAGUCCACCUGCUGAGGCUCCUACUGCUGUCGAUUCCCACAUUUCUACGACAUUCAGUCCUGCGAUCCCGCCCAAUAAGAACACAUCCGCUGAGCAAACUCCGGCAAUGGAUACAUCGACUGAGGGGGCGAAUUUGGGGCACUUGAACCUGAAUCCGGAACCCAUCACCGCCGCCCUGGGACCCCUAACACAGUCUGGGGCAUCUCUAUUUGGCUGGGUGAAAGAUGCCGCCUCGAGUGGAGGUGGAAUUUUGUCAAAAGUUGCGGAAAGGGCAAAAAAUUCAGUUGAUACGAUCGUCACGACUCUUGACCCGCAGAUGAAGGAAUAUAUUUAUUCCGGAGGAGACAUAGAGAUUGUCGUGGCCUCUGAUAAGGAUGACAAGGUGAAACCUUGCCGAGAGGCUUUCCAGACCAUCUUCGGCAAGGCGACAGUGAUUGGACUUCAAGCACAGCCUAACAACAUUGCAUCUCAGCCAGUGGGAUUUGAAGCUGCUCUGCGUGGUGCUCAGGAGCGAACAGCUGACUUGCGGACAAACUCUCGCAUCGGAGACAAGCUGCCGGUGGUGGCAGUGGAGAAUUUCGCAGUUGAAGCCUUUCCGGAUCAGUGGUUCGACGCUGGGCUUCUACUUCUCACUGACCCUCUUCGCAGUGUGACCCUGAAGACGGUGACCCAGAUGACUGCCAUUCCGCUGUCAGUGAUCACAGCCAUUCGGGAAGACACGCCGAAGGAGUACCAAUUCCAGGACACGGGAUUCGCUGUGACUGUUGGCCAGGUGAUGGCCAAUAAUCUGGGUGUUCAUCACUCGGAAUGGCACAAAACGUACACGGGAGUGAGUCGCACUGACAUGAUCCUGAAUGCUGCCAAGUCCCUGGCCACGAUCUACAAGACGUCUCUUGCAUCCAGUGAGAAAUCGCCUUAAUAUUUACUCGUUCUGCUUGUCUGAUUGAAAAUAAAAAUAUUUACUUAUUGGACCAUAAAAUGUAAAUAUUGAU